AUGACGUCUCCGGUGGCCCUGCUCUCUUUCCUCCUCCUAUCUCUUCCACUUCUCUACUCCGCCGCCCCACUCACAGCUUACGAAGCCCUCGAACAAUACGAUUUCCCGGCGGGUCUGCUUCCACUGGGAGUCACAGGCUACACUCUCAACGAGGACACUGGAGAAUUUGAGGCGUACCUGAGUGAGACAUGCUCUUACUCAGUCGAAGGCUACGAUCUCAAAUACAAGUCCACCAUCAGCGGAAAAAUCAGCAAAGACAAGAUCACCGACUUGAAAGGUAUCAGCGUAAAAGUUGUGUUUUUCUGGGUGAACAUCGUGGAGGUCACCCGCGACGGCGAUGAGUUGUCUCUCUCCGUGGGGCUAUUGUCUGCGUCAUUUGACAUCAGUGGAUUCAUCGAGUCCCCACAGUGUGGUUGUGGGUUCGAUUGCAACGAUAUUCGAAUUGAUGAGAUUACGGAAGAGAAUAUGGAUAUGGUUUCGGUUUUGUCCUUCUGA